AUGCCCGUCUGGGCCAUCGGUCGACUUACCCACUCACUCACACAGACAUGCACGCCCAAAACAGGGGACAGGCGUCGGCUGGAGUCGCUGGCGGGCGCAGACAAAGACAGGGACAAGACAAGACGACGCCUCUGCAGGCCGACGAGGGUUCACGCGCAGAGAGGAAGGGAAUGGGGAGAGUGGAUCUAUUUUGGGGCUCAGCACGCGUGCGUUCCUGACUACAGGCUUAGCUGCCCGUUGCAAGGGCGAGUGCGGUGUCCGGGCGGUGGACACGGCGGAGGAGAGGGGGUGGGCUUUGGCCAGCACUCAGCAGAAGGGGCACGAAAAAGGACGAGAGGGCCGUGGGCGGUGGGCGCCGGGCACAUGGGGCGCGCGCGAGGCGAGGGUGGCGGUGGUGUGUGUGUGUGGUUUUGGUGCUGGCCGUGGUUGUGGGAGGAGGGGGUUGUUGCGAUGGUAGUGGUGGAGGUGGUGUUGGUGUUGGACGUGGAUGUAUGCGCUGCAGUAGGCUACGCUACGCUGCACUGCGCUGCUGCUCUGGUGCUCUGGUGCUCUGCGACGUGCGACGGAGCGAGGCCAUGGGCUGCAAAGGGCGGCAGCGCCAACGACGAGGCCAGCGCACGGCCCCAGGUACGAGGACGCGCGACGCUGCUAAAACCCCAAUUCGGCCCAGAGACGCUAUCGUGCGCAAACAGGUGUCCACCGCGGAUGCACCGCCGGCCAUGCGCGGCACAGUGA